AUGUGGACGGCAACAAGCGGACUCACGGGGCGCCCGCUCCGGCUGGCCAUCACCUUUACGGCCAUCAUGGGUUUCUCUCUUUUCGGAUACAACCAGGGAAUGAUGUCUGGUCUGCUCAACGGUGACCAGUUCACCGGCGAGUUCGAUGCUCUGGCCAUGCCCGAGAAUGCCACCGACAGCCAAAAGUACCACCUCAACGUUAUUCGCGGUGCCGUCACCGCUUGCUACGAAAUCGGCUGCUUCUUCGGCGCCCUCUUCUCCAUGUUCUUUGGUGAGCGAUUCGGUCGCACUCGCAUCAUCUUUGCCGGUGCCAGCGUUCUGAUCAUCGGUGCCAUCAUCUCCGCCGCUGGUUUCGGCGCCCACUGGGGCCUGGGGCAGUUUGUCGUUGGCCGUGUCAUCUCUGGUCUCGGAAACGGCAUGAACACCGCGACGAUCCCCGUCUGGCAGUCGGAAUGUUCCGGCGCCCACAACCGCGGUCUCCUUGUGUGCUUCGAGGGUGCCAUGAUCGCUGUCGGUACCUUGAUCGCCUACUGGGUCGUCUUUGGUCUUUCAUACGUCCCCGACACCGUCCAGUGGCGUUUCCCCGUCGCUCUGCAGGUCUUCUUCGCCCUGAUCGUCGCAGGCGGCGCUCUGGCCCUGCCCGACUCCCCCCGUUGGUUCAUCAAGCGCGGUCACAACCAAGAGGCCGUCGACGUGCUCGCCAAGAUCAAGAACCUCUCCCCCGACUCCAACGAGGUCCUCGCCGAGUACAACUUCAUGAAGGCCGACGUUGAGAUGACCACUUCCUCGCAGGCCAGCUGGAAGACUAUCUUCACUUUCGGCAAGACCCAAGAGUUCCAGCGUCUCGCCGUCGGUUGCUCUGGCCAGUUCUUCCAGCAGUUCACCGGCUGCAACGCCGCCAUCUACUACUCCACCCUGCUCUUCGAGGACAACCUGGGUCUCGAGCGCCGCCUGGCCCUGAUCCUCGGCGGAGUCUUUGCGACCGUCUACGCCCUCGCAACCAUCCCAUCCUUCUUCAUGAUCGAAAAGGUCGGCCGCCGCAAGCUCUUCCUCAUCGGUUUCGCCGGCCAGGGUCUCUCCUUCCUCAUCACAAUGGCCUGUCUCAUCGAAGAGAACGAGCAAAACUCCAAGGGCGCCAUCGUCGGCAUCUUCCUCUUCAUCGUCUUCUUCGCCUUCACCCUCCUCCCGCUCCCCUGGAUCUACCCUCCCGAGAUCAACCCGCUCCGCACCCGUACCGCCGGCGCCGCCGCAGCCACCUGCACGAACUGGAUCACCAACUUCGCCGUCGUCAUGUUCACCCCGCUCUUCGCCGACGUCUCCCCCUGGGGCGUGUACCUGUUCUUCACCCUGAUCAACUUCAUCGGUAUCCCCUUCGGCUACUUCUUCUUCGUUGAGACGGCCGGUCGCGAACUCGAGGAGAUCGACAUCAUCUACGCCAAGGCGCACGUCGAGGGCCGCUGGGCGUUCAAGGUCGCAAAUGACCUGCCCAAGCUGUCGCUGGAGGAAAUCACCCACCAGACCCGUGUGCUCGGCCUCGAUAUCAACAACACUGCUGGUCUGCACCAGGAGAUGGGUCUUGGACAUGCUGAGCCCAAGGAGCUUGGUGACAGCGGCAGCGGCAGCGACAGCAACGGCGAGAAGGGCACUUCUCAACAGGCUUAA